ACUAAUGCAUCAAGCUUUCUUGAUUACUUAACAAUGGCGGCUUCUUUCUUACCUCUUCUUCUUCUUCUGCUUGUAUUUCCAUUUGGGUCUGAUUGUUUUGGUCUAAAAGGCUGCAAGUUCGAUGCCAUAUUUCAGUUUGGGGACUCCUUGGCAGACACUGGGAAUCUCAUACGUGAGAACCCUGCAACUCCUUUCUCUCAUCUUCCUUAUGGCAAGACCUUCUUCAAGAAGGCCACUGGAAGGUGUUCUAAUGGCUUACUCAUGGUUGAUUAUUUUGCUUUGUCAGCUGGACUUCCAUUAGUGAAUCCCUACUUGAAAAAGAAGGCAUCAUUCACUCAUGGAGUGAACUUUGCAGUGGCUGGCUCUACAGCUUUGCCUUUAAACGUUCUAGCUCAAAACAACAUCUCAUCUCCUGUUACCAACACAUCUCUAAGUAAACAGCUUGAUUGGAUGCGUUCCCAUCUCAACACUAUCUGUUCUAACAAAACAGAUUGUACUAAGAAGCUAAAACAUGCAUUAUUCUUCAUGGGGGAGAUUGGAGGAAAUGAUUAUAAUUAUGCUCUAUUUGAAGGCAAAACUGUUACCCAAGUAAAAGAUAUGGUACCUCGAGUUGUACAAACAAUAAUGGAUGCUACUAAAAGGGUCAUCAGUUAUGGUGCUACUCGAGUUAUUAUUCCAGGGCACUUUUCAAUGGGUUGCCUACCGAUCUACCUUACCGGUUUCCAAACCAAUGAUUCAACUGCUUACGACGAGUUUCACUGUUUAAAGGAUUUCAACGAUUUAGCAAGUUAUCAUAAUAGCAAGCUAAAACAAGCUAUCAAGUUGUUGAAGAAAGAGAAUCGAAAUGUGAUCAUUACUUACGGUGAUUACUAUAAUGCAUUAUUCUGGGUUUUUCGACACGCUUCUUUGCUCGGAUUUGAUAGAACAUUGUUGCAUAAGUCUUGUUGUGGAAUGGGAGGUGAUUACAGCUUUAAUGUGAUGCAAAUAUGUGGAUUUCCAAGAGUGCCAGUUUGUUCUGAUCCUGAUAAGCAUAUUAGUUGGGAUGGGAUUCAUUUGACACAAAAGACAUAUCAAAUCAUGGCUCAUCGGCUCAUCCAUGAUAUAGCGCCAGAGUUUCAUUGUGGAAAUUAGAUCAGUGGAUAAAGUUUAGUAUUCAGAGUCUCUUAAUCAUGAAGUUGUUGCUAUGUUAAUUAGCUUAAGUUGUUGUUUUUGAGCAUUUGAGUCCUUAUGUAUUUUGAGUUGUGAUUGAAUGAAGUUUUAGGCUUUUCCAAGUCUUUGCUUU